AUGGCACCCCCUGUUCCGGUCUAUUCUGCUGGAGACAUACGGCAACAAUAUAAGGAGCAGCUUGAAAAUCUAGCAAAGUACAAGUGCCAUCUCAAAUCGCUAACGCAACAUGAGUGUACCUUCAAAGCUGGUACAGAUGCAACUCUGCCUCAAAUCAUAUGUCUACCUUUCAAAAGACUAUUCCAACGAUGUUUGAUACCAACUGUUGAACAAAAAGAUGGGAAAAAACAUAGAUCUGAAAAGUGGAUCAAUAUUGAAGUUACCAAAGAGUCGACGAAUCAGGAUUUGUUGGAUGAGAAGUCAAAAUAUUACAAUUAUGUUCAAGACUUUUUAGCUGCGGAACGGGAGUUCAGAGAUUUGAUGGAGAAGGAAGCAGAACAGAGUGAUUGA